GAAAGCUUCCCGUGGACCGCCUGAAGGUCCUGACGAAAUAAACAAAUUGGGGUCCUUCUUCAAUGCUAGCUAUCGAAGCGGCAUCUACGAGUUGCAUUGUGCUGUACAGCUGUUAUGGUUACGUUGAAAUACAUAAAGGUUUAUGAAAGAUAAACGUUGCUGAAGUGAUGUUGAUGUUCUAGUAUUCAGGCCCAGACCAGACGACGCCCGCCGGACUCGCACGUUGUCUCAAACACUCAAAGCUUUUGUUUUUCCAGCGGUUGUACGCGAUCUGCAUAGCUAACGGUGUUGAGAAAACAAGCUAGGUAGCUCACAGUGUUCCCCAAAAACCAUCCACACCGGGGAUUAACUCAUCCGGGUUCGGUCAAAUAAAACAACGAGGGAGGCGUUAAUGAGCUGCAAUGUCUGGCAUUGCUCUUAGCAGAUUGUCUCAGGAGCGCAAAGCCUGGAGGAAAGACCACCCCUUCGGAUUUGUUGCUGUGCCCACUAAAAACCCAGAUGGCACCAUGAAUCUGAUGAACUGGGAGUGCGCCAUCCCUGGGAAGAAAGGAACCUUGUGGGAAGGGGGCUUGUACAAGCUGAGAAUGCUGUUCAAAGACGACUACCCAUCCUCCCCUCCCAAGUGCAAGUUCGAGCCUCCUAUAUUCCACCCCAAUGUGUACCCGUCAGGCACCGUCUGUCUGUCCAUCCUGGAGGAAGACAAGGACUGGAGGCCGGCCAUCACCAUCAAGCAGAUCCUACUGGGCAUCCAGGAGCUUCUGAAUGAACCCAACAUCCAGGACCCAGCCCAGGCAGAGGCCUACACCAUCUACUGCCAGAACAGGAUGGACUACGAGAAGAGGGUGAGGGCGCAGGCCAAGAAGUUCGCCCCCACAUAGAGGCCCCCCCCCCCCCCCCCCCCCCGGCCGGCCGGCCCACCCAGCAGAGGGGGGGCCAAACUCCAAGGACCACUCCAAAAAGAACCACCUUUUAAUCCAUUUUACUAUUCUACAGGACUCACGUUAAACUUCUUCUUUUCUGCCCAUCAUGUCUUCUUGGUCCGUGGACGAGGAAUGUUCAAACGUCUUGAUCGUUUUUUUUGUAUUUAGCUCCUCCCACUGGACUUAGACAUGAAUGCACCCCCACCAUACCGCUUCGAUUUGCCCUGAUUUCCUGUGCGGCCGUAGGCCUGCGUUCAGCCCCUUGUGUCCAAAGGCACCAGGACGGGCCCUGCUGCCUAUUGUAUUGUUAAAAAUAAAACAUCAGUAGCCUUUUAGUUCCCUCUGAGUCUGUUACUCCUGACCGGAGCUCCGGUCGGCGCUCCCUCUCUCGCUGAGGCUUUGUUCUUGUUUUUCGACGGUCCUUUUCUUACACUCAGCCCGAUGGACGGAGGCGUUGGCUCCAGGAGGUGAUGGCUCCAGGAGGCGAUGGGCGGUAUGCCCGCGCUGCAGAGCGACCCAGCGUAGGGGCGGAGCCGUACCAGGGAACCCUCUUGUUUUAGUGUUUAGCUCCUCCCUUAAGUCUGCUCAAGAUUUGAUAACUAAGGUCAUCACUACGAUUGAAGUCCGAAUGAAAGUGCCCUUGGGCUCCAGAAGAGGUUGUUGAUCCCUGUGGGCUAACCGUCCCAGGGAUCAUUAAGCCCCGGGCGGGGUGCUAGAGGUUGUUGAUCCCUGUGGGUUAACCGUCCCAGGGAUCAUUAAGCCCCGGGCGGGGUGCUAGAGGUUGUUGAUCCCUGUGGGUUAACCGUCCCAGGGAUCAUUAAGCCCCGGGCGGGGUGCUAGAGGUUGUUGAUCCCUGUGGGUUAACCGUCCCAGGGAUCAUUAAGCCCCGGGCGGGGUGCUAGAGCUACGCAGUCUCCUCAUUGGGCGGCCUGUCUUACGCUCGGCCGCGUGUACAUAGCAUCUGUCUCCUUUCCGUUCCUCAAUGUCCCAUCCAGCCUCCGUUCCUUAAUGUUCUCGUUUGAUUGGCUGGCGGGGGGUCCACCAGGUGAGAGGGGGCGGGCUCACAGCCUAAGAGGGGCUUUAAAAACAGGUUUGCUUUGCCUCUGAAGAAAUGAGUGCAUGUACAUAAUAUAAAUACGGAAAACUGUGGAGGUUAUGUUUUAUAUCGUUUUAGCCAGUUGACAUUUGUGUGUGGUAUUAAAAGCAAAUGAACACAGUUAAUGUAAUAUUAAGAAAUUGAAUAAAAGACUUAAAAUCA